CUGGGCAUAUGUACCCCAUCCUCCCUUGUUGCAUUUAGUUGAAUGGACAGAAUAUGGACCUACUGUUUUUACAAAUGACUCUACUCAUCUCCCAGCACCUUGGUCCUCUGUACCCCCAUCUAAACCAGAAGAAGAAGGGACUCUUAUGAAUAUCUCUUUGGGAUUUGAAACAUUACCCUUAUGCUUGGGACAGAAAAAAAUAUGUCUCCCCCUUCACUGACAAACUUGGGCCCAUAUCCUUCCCCCGACCAAAUCAUACAGAACCUUGAUGGGAAUAAUGACUGCUUUAUCAUUUAAUUUUAGCGAGGUCAACACAACUAACACACUGGGAAAAUCUGAUGAUCCUGUCUGUACUACAAUCUCCUAUAAACAUUAUGUUUUUGAGCCUAUAUACUGGUCCCACUGGAGGGGACCCCAUGGAAAAAUCUUUAUGUUAAAUAAUAGAAUGGUGGUAGAUUGGGGCCCACAUGGGAAGUUUUUAAAUAACUGUUCUGAGGAUGUGAAUAGCACCAUAUGUGAUUACAUUACUAAUAUUAGGUGGACUCACACUGACCACGGUACUUAUACCCAUCAUCAUACUAAAGGGUUAAUGGCAUGGCAUGAAGGAGGACUGGCACCUCCUCAGCCUCAUUUGGUAACCAAUAAAGACCAUGUGGGGCUGGAACAGUGGGAUCUUUGGAAGCUCCCAGCUGCACUGGCAUCCUUAUAGUUUUAUGCAGGAAAUUUCUCAGGGACAUCUCAGUCUUGGAGUGAUUAUUGGUUUACUUACAAUUCUUCGAUAUCCAUACAAGCCUGUGUUCAUUUACCUUAUCUCAUUACAAUAGGAGAAAUAGAAGUUAACUAUACUAUGAGGAGCAUUGAUUGUCCCAACUGCCGGUUGUAUACUUGUCUUAAUCAUACCACCCCUUUUAACAGCAGUAUGGAUUCCAUCCUUCUUCUCCAGGCCUGUAUGGGGGUCUGGAUCCCGGUAAAUCUCACAAGAAGUUGGGAAGAAAACCCUGUUGAAGGUCUCUUGUCAAAAAUGUUGAGUGAGUUACUUACCCGCGGGCGACGUUUCAUAGCUACAAUAGUACUUGUCAUUCUGGGGCUGACUGGUAUUACCACAACAGCAACAAUAGCUGGGGUGACCCUGCAAACGUCCUUGCAGACUCACGACUUUGUCAAAACCUGGCAAGAAAAAUCACGCAACUUCUGGCUCACGCAGACCAAACUGGAUAAAGAAUUACAAUCGAAGGAUACAGUACUCUCAAAAAACGAGUGAAUGCCCAAAACCUCCAUCACAGAGUGCUUACGGCAGCAGCUGUUUUGGAAAAAGAAAGGGGGAGCUGUAGGAAACAGAACACCACAAUGACCACUGGUGCAUAUUCGUUCAGACUCCAAGAUCUCUGUUAAAAAUAACCCAAAAGGAUCAGAGUGAAAUGCCCUUGGGAUGUGUGUGGUCAGUAAAAAGUACACAGCAGAGGAUGUUUUGUAGAUAGGAAGCCAGCUGUAAACAGCACACCCUGCAUUCCCUUCUUUGUUCUCUUAUCCUGUGUUAAGGUCCAAGUACAAUGGUGUUUACCAUUAAUUGAUCACAGCCAGUUACAGGUUUCUCUACUCCUCUCCACUCCCACUGCUUCACUUAACUAACCCUGUGUACGGAAGAAUGUGCCUUACUAAGCCCCUGCUGUAAAUCAUUAUAGACCUAUGUCAUUGUAGAAGGUAUAUUAGACUAUGGAAAAUAAACCUUGGGACCUCGGGCUGUUAGCUCAGGGUCCCCUGUGCCUCGCUAUACUGUCGUCUCUUUUUCUCAGUUCCUUUGCCGCCCCAGGUCCCCGACUCUCAGAGGUCGACACCCCAUCAUAAAUCACAGUGAUAGUAGACCUUCAGUUGGCCUAAGCCCUUAGGCAAACAGGGACACAACUAUCAGGCAGGACAUUCCAAGGGCCUGGAGAUAACCUCCCAACAGCCAAGGGCAAAGGCCAGACUAUUUUUCAUUCUUCACCUUCACAAAUUCUGAGUAAAAUCAACAUAUAAAAGAUAAAAUUAUAUUUGUAAAGAUAUUAACUUAAAAAAGAGAAUUUUCACUCAGGCACCCCAAAGAGGAGUUUUACUGAGUCUUCAUUGUGUUAGCUUUACCCACCAAAUAUAGAUAAACUAAGGGUAUAUGUAUCAACAGAAUAGGGAUUGUAAAUUUUCUGGGGAGAGGGGCUCUUUCUCUUUUGUUCAUUGCUGUACCAAUAAUGGUGAGCAUAGAGCCUGGUAAAAUGGUGGGGAUUCAAGAAAUACCUGUUGACAAAAAGAAUGAACAAGUGAAUGCAUGAAUGAAUGGCCAGUAUGGGAAUUUAUUUAUAUAUUUAUUU